AUGCCAACCACACCAUCUAAGCAUAUGGGCUCUCUGGACACCUCCUCUGCACCAAUUCAUUUUGCGACGUCCUCGUCGAUGAGAGCCGCCGUGCUGCCAUCGUCGAGCAGAGCGGGCAAAUUCGGCACAGUAUAUCUAUGUCGGGAGAAGUCUACCGGGUUGGAGCUAGCAGCGAAGCUGGUGUCGGUGAGCCGACGCGACGAACGACGUAACGUGGAACGCGAGGUGGACGUUAUGCGACGUUUGCGCCAUCCCAGACUCAUACAGCUGUAUGACGCUUAUGAUUGGGGUAAACACAUGUGUGUUGUACUUGAACUCAUUACAGGCGGAGAGCUGUUCGAGCGAGUGAUCGAUGAAGACUUUGUUCUAACCGAGCGAGCCUGCACCGUGUUCAUGCGACAGAUCUGCGAGGGCAUCGAGUUCGUGCACCGACAGAACAUACUGCAUCUUGACAUGAAGCCAGAAAACAUCCUGUGCCUGACAAAGGCAGGCAAUCGGAUAAAGAUUAUCGAUUUCGGUCUCGCUCGGUUCUAUGACCCGGAGAAGAAGCUUCAAGUUCUCUUCGGCACACCGGAGUUCGUCGCUCCCGAAGUGGUUAACUUUGACCAGAUCGGAUACGGCACUGAUAUGUGGUCCGUCGGUGUCAUUUGUUAUGUGCUCUUGUCGGGCUUAUCCCCGUUCAUGGGCGAGACGGACAUAGAAACAAUGGCCAACGUGACGGUAGCCAAGUAUGACUUCGAUGAUGAGGCUUUCAACGAGAUCUCCGAGGACGCCAAAGACUUCAUCAAAAAAUUGCUCGUUAAAGACAAAGAGUCGCGUCCCAGCGCCGCUGACUGCUUGCGCCAUGUGUGGCUACAACGGCGCUCUCCACCAACCAAGCCCCAGCCACGACCACAACCUUCGCCCAAACAAGAACUUGACGUUGCCAAAGACAACCUCCGCCUUUUUGUUGAACGCUGGAGUGAACAUCCCAACUCGCCUUAUGUAUUUGACAACCAAGCCCACGAAAUCACAUGCCUCAUGAACUGCGAGCGAUCCUCUAUAGGCGGGUGUUCCCCUUCACCCAGAAGCUCUCUUGGCAGUUCCCCAGAUGUCGUCUUUGACGAGGACGACCUGGCACCCCCACCGAUCAAAGAUAACAACUUCCUCUCAUCUAGAUAUAACCCAGUGGAACGACGGGCCUCGGACAGCAAUUGCUUCUUACACAAACGACAUGACGUCUUCGUUCGGAAAAAUUUGGCCGAGGAAAUUAAGAAACUCUCUGAUCAUUUGUAUAUGCUGUCCACGAUGAAUACGGAUUUGGCAAACAACAACAACAGUGCCAAAGAACUAGAUAAAAACGUCACUCAAGCUAAAUCAUUUACGAAGGAAGAGACGGCAACACCGAACGGUUUCAAAAAGCAGACAAAAUCAACGGUAUCAAGAACGAUAACAAAUGGCGAUGCUUGUAGUACAGAGAAAAAAAUCUUUACGUCGCGAUCUAGUCAUAAAAUAUCAACGUCAUUCUUAACAGAGAGAGAUCACGACAGACCAAUGACAAGCAAAAUGCCCUGGGCGAAGUCUGCUACCACAAGGUCGAAGAAACUCACAACCAGCAGCCGAGAUGUACCGGAUCAACCAACAGAGAGACGAAACUCUUUCUUCCAGGAAUUUGACAAGCGUCGUGACAAGAUAGACAAACUAGUGAACGGCACGGAAAAUGGUCGACAAUUGCCUUACAGACGGGGAGAUGAAAACAAUGCUCACAGAACUAAAGAUUUAUUGCUCCAUUUGCUUGAAAAGUGGGGUGAGACAGAAACUGAAGGGGAAAGAACGGCGGGAGGAACGUCGAACGGUGGAAGACAUCAGUCGAUAUCGUUAGAAUGGUCACCCUCGAAUCAACUAGCGCAUAAUUCUAUGUCAAGCCUUCACGCCUUCUUCCAAAGACAGACAUCAGACGAAAAGACGAAGAGGAAAAAAGUCACAACGAAUAUGGAAAGCUCUAAAUGAUUUCAUGGUGUGCCAUGACAUGACAUUAGUUACCAAAGUAAGAGAUUAUUUUUAAGGGCUUUAGUGAAAAAUGACAAUUGAAUAGGUAUGAAUCUAGUCUUCAGGUCACAAAAUAAAUUACAAGACUGAAGUUUUCGGGAAAUUCAUCAACAAA